AUGACCUGCACCGAACUUUCAGAGAGACUGUCCGGCAGUGUGUUCCAGAAGCUGCGUCUAUCGGGCUCCACCUAUGUUGUAAAGUCCUCCCGCACCCAGUACCACUGUGCCAUGCAGUGCAUGUAUGAUGCUAUUUGUGCCUCCUUCAACUACGACACAGCGACGUCUUCGUGUGAGCUGAACUGCGAAACAUCCACAACAACACCGAGACAGGUAGUCAACGCACCUGGGUGGAUUAACGCCAAUGCAGAAAGUUUUCCACAGUCUCUCAUCGGGCCGUGUGCACAUCACACUUGCCUCCGGGGCAGUGUCUGCACGUACGGAGGCGCCCUGUCACAGUGUGUAGAAAGUGAGUACGGUAGCAAUCUGCGACAUUAUAGGGAACGUGACCGCUGUGUGACGGGAACUAUGUACUUGGGCAGUCACAACAUCACCAAAUACGGUCGGACAUGUCAGCGAUGGGACUCCCACACACCUCAUGGACACUUCAAUAUGUUUGACUCGCCCAGCAACAUGCAAACAAUCACCAGUAUGGAGGAGGCGGGGAACAGGUGCUUGACAGAGUCAAACGAUACCAUGCCGUGGUGUUACUCUACAGAUCCCAUGGUGCCGUGGGAAUACUGCAGCGUACCCCAGUGUUAG